AGGAUCAAUCUUUCUCCCGUAAGUUGUUUGCCUUCGCUUUACUCGCACGCUCCUUCACAUUUGCCUCCUGGUCUCCUGCCCGGCCGCCCGCUGGCUCGCCCUGCCUUCCUCCUUCCCUCCCUCCCUUUGGUUGGCCCAUCACCCGUCGUUGGUUCCGUCCAUCCGCUCCGCCGCUUUAGCCGCUUUAGCCGCUUUAGCCGCUUUCGCCGCAAUCCGUCGUCCGCAGCGUGCUUGGGUUGAGCCCGUGAAUCCGUUGGACCCCGCCGCUGGCCUUGAGCCUGUGAGUGCUUGCCGCUGUUCUUGUGGGUCGCCGCGGAGGGCUCGUCUUGUGUGUCGUGUGUGGGGGUGAAGAUGGCCACGUCAGGCGAUUUCGCGAACCCGCUGCGCAAGUUCAAGCUGGUGUUCCUGGGCGAGCAAUCGGUGGGCAAGACGUCGCUCAUCACGCGAUUCAUGUACGACUCGUUCGACAACACGUAUCAGGCCACCAUCGGGAUCGACUUCCUGUCCAAGACCAUGUAUCUCGAGGACCGCACGGUGCGGCUCCAGCUCUGGGACACGGCCGGUCAGGAGCGAUUCCGAUCGCUUAUCCCCUCCUACAUUCGCGACUCGACCGUGGCCGUGGUCGUGUACGACAUCACCAACGCCAACUCGUUCCACCAGACCUCGAAAUGGAUCGACGACGUGCGCACUGAGCGCGGCAGCGACGUCAUCAUCAUGCUCGUGGGCAAUAAGACGGACUUGUCGGACAAGCGCCAGGUCAGCACAGAAGAGGGUGAGCGCAAGGCCAAAGAGCUCAACGUCAUGUUCAUCGAGACCUCGGCCAAGGCGGGAUACAAUGUCAAGCAGUUGUUUCGGCGGGUGGCCGCCGCCCUGCCCGGCAUGGAUGCCGCCUCGGCUGACGGAUCACCCAAGAAUCCGGACAUGACCGAGGUCAUUCUCAAGGACCAACCCGUGCCCGAGCGACAGAUGGAAUCGGGUUGCACCUGCUGAAGCGCCGCACCGCCUCCCACCAUCCCCUCCACCGGUCCGACCCGCGCUCCACACGCCCACUCGCUCACUCGCGUCUCUCGGCCCGCCCGUUGUUCUCGUAAUAAUCCGGUUCGAUCGCGUCGGUCCAGCGGGCUUCAAGUGAUCGAAGAAGCUUUUCAGUCCUGCCCCGCCCCACUCCCGAAUGACGGAGGGUUUUGUGUGUGUUUUGAUGUGUGAAGGCAGGGCUCGGAAUGGGCGUGCGGCUGCUCGCGUUUCGCUUGUCUCGCCUUGUGAUGCUGAUUUAUAAAUACUAUUAACGACUAUGGCUAUUGUCAUUGCUAUUGUGACUUCUACCACGACUACUAUAAUCAUCCUUAUUAUUAUUAUUACUACUACUACUAUUACCACUACUUCUUCUUCUACACUACUACUAUCAUCGUUAUUAUUAUCAUUAUAUUUGUCAUUAUUGGUAAAUUAUUAUCAUGAUUUCUACAUUGACCAAACACGAAUUGCACUUUUGCUUUGCCGGUUGUUUAA